AGAUGCCUCUUCGCCGGUAGACGCACCCGAUUAAAAGGUGGGAGCACGCGGGAAAGCAACAGUGUUCGGAGAGCAACGGUGGCCGAGAUACGGUGCCGGUGUUGAAUGGAAUUCCUUCGCGACAGAACGUUGCUUUGCACAGGAUAACGCAUCUAAGAACGUUGAAAGUACAGUGAGACGCGAGAUAGUUUCGAUUUUAGACCGCGCGAGGUGUGGUGGCUCGAGCAAACGCGUCAUUUUUUCUUAGGAUAACGUCGUUGGAAAAUGUAAAUCGCCCCUCGGGCAAAAGGAAUAAUCGGGAACAGUUGCUGGUGAACACAGUGUUUUCGUUGGACCGUGUCAGUGGCCGUCGCCAACAGGUUACUCUUUCUGAUGAAUAGUUACAGAAAUAUCGAAGCAAUCGGCGGUAAUUCGCAAGCGAUCGUUUCGCGGAGAAUGAAGAAGAAGUAUAAAAACGUUGUCGUACCGUUGGCGAAUAUCGAGCUGAAAUGCACAACCGUCUGACCCCCGCGAAGCAGGACAUUCGAUUCCGGGGUAGUGUGCGUUCCGAUCUGUUAUCGUGAACAUUGAAUCAAUCGAACAACCAACACCAACAGCAACACUACCACCGUCACCACCACCACCACCACCACUACCACCACCAGCAAGCUUCGUUGCUUCGUACGAACGCAAUCACGCAACCACGAAUCCACCACGUGCCUUUCUCGUCGCGAUCGACGUUUCCUCGUUCCUUUCCACGAUUCUUCGGCGUUUCGUUUUCCUAGACAACCGCCAUGACAUCGCGUCUCCCUUUCCUCUCGACUGGCGAUCUCGCAACCGCGAAACAGGUGUCAGGAUGCGAGCUAUCGGCCGAUUCGUCGACGUUGUUGGAUCAUUGAACGCGCGAAAACGACAAGACGCACAGCACGCUCAGAACAUUUCCAAGCUACCAAAGGCUUGCUGGAAAUGUCCGCACAAUGCGCUUCACCGAGACGUGCACCGUUCAUUCCUCCGGAUGUAGAGAAGCCUGACUUGGAGCCGACGAGGUCGAAUCUUCGCCGGAUUUCGCAGAGAGCGUCAACCGUCGAGAAGGUGUCACGAUUCUGGCGAGAAACGUCGAGACAGCUUUCCGAUUACCUCGAAAGCCCGAGAUAUCCGCAACGCGGCGUCCUUUCGUUAUUUUAGAAUCAAUCGAAGGAGAACGGGUCUAGGUCUACGCUUUAAAGGGAACAGAUCGUCGAGCAGAAAGUAGUCCUGUUGCACAAACGAAGAUUAAACGACGAAUUGUUUCGGGCAACGCGACGUUUUCCAGAUUCCUGGCGUCCUGUUCUGGAAUUCGUGGGAACGCCGCGAGGCGCUGGCUUGUAUCCCACUAUAAAUAGAUGUUUUCUCGAGUCGGAUCGUACGUCUCGAGCUGGCCAACCAUCGGAACGGAGAGGUACAUAGGCGCAAGCGAGGAUCGUUCCUCGUGACACGCACGUCGGACCGACAAGAUCGACCUUCUCCUUGUCCUUGGAUCAACGAAAGGAUGAGCCCGCCUCUAGUCGUCGCGGUGCGCUCGGAUUUUUAGAUUUAUCUAGGUAGAAGCUUGUACCGGGGUCCAAAGGAAGUCGAGCCAAGACAUCCAGCCUUUCUUUCGAGGUGAAACGCGCCAUCGACUCUGUCCACAUUUCAAUUUUCUAUCGAGAAAUCGAACGGAACAACGAUCCUAUCGCGAGAAACAGGCAAUUCGGAAGGAAGUUCCUUUUCGAUCGAGAAACUGUCGAGCUACCGGACAUUUGGUUGGCUGGCCACCACCUUCUUACUUUGUUUACCAAAUAUCGUCUUUUGUACGUACGCGUGAAAAGGAACAACGUCGUUCGACUAGCAGCAACGAAUCUUCUUCGUCUGUCUUCGUCUUUACCCCUGUACGCGACGACAAACCAGAUUCAGGAACGAAUAUCGUGACGAACGUCGUCGAUCAUUUUUAGCUGGUGCUUCUCUUUGUCCUCGACGAAUCAUUAUGCUCAACUCGUGCUGUGCUUUUUUCUAUCGUGCUUGUACGCAUGCUGCGAGUGUUUUUUCAGUGGUCUAGUGUUACGCGUUAAUUGUUAAACGAGGCUUGACAAGCCUUCGAUCGAACGACAACCACGUCUCGUCGGCCCAGGUACCUGGGAAUAUUCCUGAGAUGCCUGUUAGACGAGGACACGUGGCGCCUAGGACAACGAUUAUCGAAACCAUCAUCAGGAAGUUUGACACUCACGAUCGAAGUUUUUUAGUGGCCAACGCUCAUCAAGGACUAUGUCACAUAAUAUAUUGCUCGGACGGUUUUUGCCGGCUGACGGGCUUUUCGAGGGCGGAAGUGAUGCAGAGACCAGCGAUCUGCGAGUUCCUUCAUGGGCCAAUGACGUCGCCCCAUGCGGUCGCAGCUCUUCGCGAUGCUCUCGCCGCCGGCGUCGAAAAGCAUUUCGAGAUCCUUUACUACAGGAAAGACGGCACCAAAUUUCUGUGCAGCGAGGUGAUAGCGUUAAUAAGGAGCGAGGUGGACGACAUCUGCUUGCAAAUCAUAAACUUCGAGGAUCUGAGCGCCCAACCACCCCCACAGCCUGCAAUUCCGCCCCCAAGCCAGACCAACAACAGGCUCGUCACACGCUUCGACAGGGCAAGGGCGUCCUUUCGUGCCGGUCUAUCCAGGACUGGUGUCGUUGGUCCACCGAGGGUCAGGAAUCGACCAAGAAACACGACCAACUUACCUCAUCGACUUGCUGACGGGACCAUCCUCGACGAGGACGCCUCCGAGAACUGCCCGCUAACAUGUGGUUCACCUACAAUGAUGGAAUCUUGGGGUCCUGGAAGGACUGGCACACCCCCGCCUGCUCUUCCAGCCCCGCCAUCUGGAAGCAACAAUGGUGGUGCAACGUCUGCAGCAACCGCAAACGUUGCACACCACAGCACUACUGCACCGAUUGCCAGUCCCGAAGGGGUGAGCGACGUCUCGCAGAAGUCAGGAAUCUGGGAUGGGGCGAACUUCUCGUCGGGCGGAGGUGCGGAAGGACCAUCUCGAAGCGUGUCGCACGCGGCGAGUUUGGACGCGAUCUCGAGGAGGGCGGUGAAACCGGACGCGGCGAGGGCGCCGUGUCGCAGCCUCACCUGCAGCGUUUUAGCGGGCCGAGGGAGCGAACACGUCACCCUCGAGCGACGGCCAGCGACAGUCGAUAAUCUCACGGAAGCUACUAAACAUUCGAAAAUCUUUCCUGGCGUUGCGUCCGAAAGUGACUUGCAAAAAUGGCGGACGUCCAAAGACAGGAAGUCGCCAUCCCUCAGCCAGAUGGGGCCCGACUCCAUGAAACACAAAUUUUCCUUGCAGGACAACGGGUCCGCGAAAUAUUUUCAAGGUGCCAUGCACACGUCGAACAUGGGGGAAAAGGUUGCCCAGGUGCUGUCCCUUGGAAACGAUAUCCUCCCAGAGUACAAAUUACAGUCACCUAGGAUCGGCAGGUGGACCAUAUUACAUUAUUCACCGUUCAAGGCGGUCUGGGAUUGGGUGAUACUACUGCUCGUCAUGUACACGGCCAUAUUCACCCCGUACAUAGCCGCUUUCGAACUAUCGGAUCCAGAUUACAACAGCAGGAAGAAUAAAAAGUACAGUGACGAUCCCAUCGUCAUCAUAGACUUCAUAGUCGACGUCACUUUCAUAGUGGACAUCAUCAUAAAUUUUCGCACGACUUUCGUGAAUAGCAACGAUGAAGUGGUGUCCCAUCCUGCUAAGAUAGCCGUCCAUUACCUGAAGGGUUGGUUCAUCAUCGACCUGGUGGCUGCCAUACCCUUCGACCUUUUUCUCGUUGGCUCGCACACUGACGAGCUCGGCUUGGACAAGGACGAGACGACCACCUUGAUAGGACUUUUGAAGACGGCUCGUCUUCUGAGACUCGUCAGAGUAGCCAGGAAGAUCGACAGGUACAGCGAAUACGGAGCUGCGGUUUUGCUCCUUUUGAUGGGCACUUUCGCUCUUAUUGCUCACUGGAUGGCGUGCAUAUGGUAUGCCAUAGGAAACGCGGAGAGACCAACGUUGAAGAGUAAAGUCGGUUGGCUCGAUAUCUUGGCCAACGACACGCAUCAGUUUUAUUCACACAACAAUACCGGAGGGCCGAGUAAAAAGAGCCGCUAUAUCACAGCACUGUAUUUCACCUUUAGUAGUUUAACGUCGGUGGGCUUUGGAAACGUGGCUCCGAAUACGGACGCCGAAAAGAUAUUUACUAUAAUCGUUAUGCUAAUCGGAUCUCUGAUGUACGCCAGUAUCUUUGGUAACGUCUCAGCGAUCAUUCAAAGGCUUUACAGCGGUACGGCGAGAUAUCACACGCAAAUGCUUCGCGUUCGAGAAUUCAUAAGGUUCCAUCAGAUUCCUAACCCGCUUCGUCAACGAUUGGAAGAAUACUUUCAGCAUGCUUGGACUUACACGAACGGAAUCGAUAUGAACAGCGUUCUGAAAGGAUUCCCCGAGUGCCUUCAGGCGGAUAUCUGUCUUCAUUUGAACAGAAAUCUUUUGAACAACUGUAGAGCCUUCGAGGGUGCCAGUCCAGGUUGUUUAAGGGCAUUAUCGUUAAAAUUCAAAACCACGCACGCUCCACCCGGUGACACGUUGGUCCACCGGGGGGACGUGUUGACGUCCCUGUACUUCAUAUCGCGCGGCAGCAUAGAGAUAUUAAAGAGCGACGUGGUGAUGGCGAUUCUGGGCAAGGACGACAUAUUCGGGGAGAAUCCUUGCAUAUAUCCAACCGUCGGCAAAUCGUCCUGCAACGUUCGCGCUCUGACCUAUUGUGAUCUGCACAAGAUACACAGGGACGAUUUACUCGACGUCCUGGCACUCUACCCGGAGUUCUCCAAUCACUUUAGCCAAAAUCUCGAGAUCACUUUCAAUCUAAGAGACGAGGAACAGGCUGGUGUCGAUCCAAUAUCAGCAAGGUUUCCUGUCAGCACUCCAACGGACGUCGAAGUCGACGCUAGGAGAUUCGCUUUCCGUCCACCAAGAUACCGUCGAGGACCGGGGGGUCCUGGCACCAAUCUUAUCCCUACUGGUCGACAAGACUCCUUACAGGGUGAUCAGGAAGACUACGACAAAGCGAGUGGUCAUGGAAUAUUGGAAUUUAGCACCGACAAAGCGGGCCAAGACGUGACACCGUUAAAUUUAGAGUUCGACGAGCCGAAGCAAAGAAGUUCCACCUUGAACUCCAUAACCGGCAUGCUAACCCAUCUCAAGCGCAGCAUACCGGACCUACGUCAACACAAGAUCCAUCUGCAACCGCUGACGAGUCACGAUUACCUUGCCAAGCAGAUGACCACCCCGUUGACGAAACCACCACGGAGAAGCUCCGCCGCCGGCGAAAGCUGCCUCAGUCAAAACGUGAUACAUCCAACCUCGACGACGUCCAGUCAUACCACACCGUCGCCACCACAGCAUCCACAGUCUCACGGUGAUUUUCAAAGCGGACCAGGCCGGCCUAUAGAGGAAAUGAACGUCAGGAUAGAUCAACUGUCGCGACAGGUGUCCUCUCUGGAGCACUCGAUGGGAGAGAACAUCAGAUUGAUUCUGACGUUGCUUCAGCAGACGCUUAAUUCGUCGAGGGAAAGUUCCAGCAUCGAGAUGAUGCCCGGAACAGCGCCAGCCGGACCUGCCAAACAAAGUAGUAGAGCCCCGGCACUGGUCCAACGAUCAGCCAGCGAACCACAACCCCCAACUGCUCCGCCUUCGAACAACGGAAACGGAAAGCUUCAGCCUAGCACGUCGCACGGUUUGUUUAGCAGACCCCCGACGAGAGAGCCAACGUCAACGUCCUCGGGAACAUCUCGUUUGACGGUGACGUCGGACACAUCCGCGUUAGCGACGGCCCUGCAAACAGCGUUGAACGGUAGAACGGCACCCACCAGGUCGCAAAGUCAACCCGUCGACCUGGCUGUACCGCCGAACACGCAACAGGCGCACCUGCCACACGCCUGGCACAGUCAACCUGCUGCGUUCAGGAGAGGAGAGUUCAGGAGCGGGUACAGCUCGUUCAACAAGCGUUCUGAGCCAGAAGGAGACGAUCCGUGGAGCUGCGUGGUGUCCGUGUCGGAUCGAGGAGGCUCUCAACGUCCUCGAAGCAGCGAGUCUCGAAAAGAGCCGACGAAUCAUCGCGGUUCCAGCGAUUUGGCGACGGCUCAACGUUCGGAGGGCAGACAGCCGGGACAGGAUGGCACCGCGCAACCAUCGACCGGACGACAGGAGUCCUCGAGACAAACCAGCGAGGAUAUAUCCUGGGAGUUCACGAUAAACGAGGCGCCGAUCGCGAGAUUAGAGUCUUUGGACGAGCUCGAUCAGGAUCACGGUAGUUAAGGCCAAGGUUAGCCACUUCCUUUUCAUGCACUCUCGGCUCAUUUGCGACUGAAACGCGAUGCGUGUCGAUGCGAUCGAGUUUAACGAUCAUUCGGAUGGCUGUGGACUCCUUCCGUUCCCUUUUUGAAGGAUUUAACGAAGGUGGCGCCAGGAUAGCAAUCAAGGCUGACUCUUCGAUUUUCUUCUAACGAUUCCGCGAUUUUUCUCGUUUUAUCGCGUUCGAACCGUUAUCCUUUUUUCGCUUAUCGCUUUUCUAUCUUGCUUUUCUACUGAUAUUAAAACGAAGCGUUUAAUAUUUUUAGUAGAACUAUCUGUUUCGAAACGUUCACGAUUUUUCCACUCGUAAGAGGUAUGCACCAUCGUCGGGGCAACGAUACAGUUCAAUCUUAUUACGAUCUUCUACGAAAGUACUAACAUUGGACAGCCUCCACAUACUGCGUUACUAAUUAUUUACCAAACUCGGUCACGAUGAAUUAGUAACUUCAGUAUUCGGUUCAGUCACAGGAUAUUUUCGCGUCUUCGUAUCAUCGCGCGAUGAAAGCAUCUCGUGGAAUCGUUAGAAGAAUAUCGAUCGUCAUGCGAUCAGCAAUAUCGACGAGGUAGUACAAGACGUGUAAAGAGCGAAAAGACGAAAGAAAAGAAACGAGAAUCGAAAGCACGAGCGGCGUUUCAGAAUGUUGUACACAUAUACACAGGAACACAUAUAUUAUAUAUAUAUUAUAUAUAAUAUCGUCGAAGUUUCUAUUCGUAUUGCUGCUAUUUCCUUCGAGCGAUUUUUUAAUUAAAUUAACAGAUACAUAAACACGCGUAUACAUUAUCCUCUCGAGGCGAUGCGAACGUUAUCGAAAAAACUAAUAAGAAGAGCGAAAGAACAGUGCGAAGAAGGGACGAAUGAAAGAACAACGAGAGGAAAUGAAUUUUCGAUUUAAAAAACGUUACAAAUGAAAGUACAGGUUAACGAUAGCAGGUCCGAACGAGGAAAAGAAAACGAUUGAAACGGCUCGUGAAAUGUUUCUCGAAUUUCAAAGUCCUUCGCGUCACGGUGAACACGUAGCUAUUUGAAAUUUAAGAAUAUAUCGACUGAAAGCACCUUCUUUUUUUAAUGCUUAUAGACGACGCGUUUAAAUAAGACGAGGUACGAUGCAAAUCGAGAUUGUAUCGAUGCGUUUAUUGUACGCGAAACGUUUUGGGAGAUAUCAUACACGUGUAGGGUUAACUAAAUUAAGAAGGGCAUUGUCGAAAGGCCGAGUCGGACGAGCCAAGAUGAAACGUUUAAUUAAUUACGCCAGGGGAGUUAAAAAAGAAACAACACAAUUCUGAGUGCCACCUACGAGUUAAAACUGCAAUGUCCUUUAUACAGACAACCAAAGAACAAAAACUAAGUAAAUAAAUAAAUAAAUAAAUAAAUGAUUAACGAAAAAACGCGAGAAGCAAGUGAGACAUGGAAAAUUAUUGCGGAGAGAAUUUAGAUAAUUACUAAUAUUCUUACUACUAUGAUUAUUAUUAUUAUUGUUAUUAUUAUUAUUAUUAUCAUUAAUAUUAUUAUUAUUAUUAUAUUAUAUUAUUACAUUAUUAUUGCCAUAAUGUAGGAAAGAAAGGUAAAUAAGCGCGACGGAGAGGAGACGCAAAAUUAUAAUACCGACAGUAUAAAAAAUAGAUUCGAAAAAAGAAAAAACAAAAGAGGGAGUAACAAUUGCCUGUGCAAUAAUGGUAUAUAAAUAUAUAUAUAUACAUAUAUGUGUACGUGUGUACGUAUAUACAUUCGCGCUUGUGUAUGCGUAAUACACGUUGUAAAGAAAUUUUUUACAAGAUAUCUCGAAUUUAAUUCAUUGCUCCUAAGCGUACGUUGGUUUCUCUUCCUCUCUUUUCGUUCUCAAUCUCCCAACUUUGCUUUUCUCGCUCACUCUUUACUCACCCAUCCAGUUGGCGAUUCAUUAUGCAGUGAUAAGGGUGAAACGAGACGAUCGAUAAUCCUCGAUAAUCUCCGAAUUCGUUCUUCACGACCGGUUAUAUAUUCGGGUUAUUUGUUAAUUUUCGGUCUAAACGACUCGCAAACCGCCUGCAAGCUGCUCGUAAGCUGGCUCACAAACGGAUCGUAAAUAGCCCGCAGAUUGUACACGAGCGAAUCGCUAACUAAUCGCCGAUUACUCGCAAAUAUCGGACGCUGCGUAACACGUUCACCGUCGCGUUAAUCGAUCAUUGGAAUAAUUAGGAAAGAAACGCGACAGCGCUUCUGGACGUCGCUAGACGCUUUUGUAUUAUAUUAUAAAUACUUUCGAUAUGUUAUUAUUCAAAAUUAACGAUCCCAAUUAAUAUAUGCCUAAGUUUUAACGGUAUUAAACAGAAAUAACAGAUACGUAUAUAUUUAUUUUAAAGAGAUCGUGGUAGAAACUAAUUGCGGAAGACGAAGAAAAGCGUAAACCGAGGAUGAUCGAUCAAUCACUGAUCUAUUCGUUCGUUGCUCAGUACUUUAGACUGUAAAUGAAUACCGAUACAUUCGAUGUAACGACUAAAACGACUCGUAGUUACAUUGUAACGAAAGGAGCAGGCGACGCAGCGCUAACGAGAAACAGCUUUUUAAUUAACAGAUAGUGAUUAUCUUUGAUUAUUACUACCAGUAGUACACGCAGCACACGUGGAUUUUCCGGCACUUAGAAUACACGGCGAGACGGGAUAUUUGUUCUUUAAAACGGACAUUCGACGCGAUUCAAAGUAAAAAGAGGGCAACAGUGAUCGGAAUAAUAAUUUUCUUUCUUUCUUUCUUUCUAAGCUAAAGUUUCUUUAGAUUUUUAUCCGACACAGUUUUACGUAUCGAUUCGACGAUCAGUGCACAAAUAUAGUUAAUAGUCCAAGUAACUUAAUAUCGAAAUAUUUAAACGAUCAAUUAAAUAAUCUGUUUGAAAUUUAGACACGUCUACACACGAACGUAUUCAACGAAUGUAUUUCCGUAGUUUUUUAAAACCGCAACUUUUCUUUAUCAUGUAUUCACUGCUGUUCUCAAAAUUCAAUGAACGACGAAGGAAACGUCCACCGCAUGACUUUCGAGAGAAUUUGAUUGAAACGCGUCACGAAUCACUCCGUACCGUUUUAACAUCGAAUUUUUGCAAAGAAUUUUUUAGAAACGACGCGAAGUUGUGUAACCUUCGAAAUUUUUCAUCCGUACAAUACGCGUGCAAAAUGUACGAUUCCGAACGAAUUAAUUAAUGCGUUAACACCUUUGAUAUUUUAAGAAGAGCUUUAGUAAAGUGUCGUAAAUACGAUAAAUUGAUAUUUUAUUAAUUUACGAAUUAAGAUAAAAUGUCUUUCCGCCGUAAAAGAAUGUCAAAACCGAGAGUUCUCGUCAAUGUUCACGAAUUUAAGGAUAUCCUUUCUACGAAGAAAAUUUUUUGCUGUGCUCGUCGCACUAAAACUUUUGAAAGUUCGCCGAUAAGAAAAAGUAACGCGUACAACACGGUUCUCGAACUUAUGGUUACUUUUCGUUAAUCAAUUAUUUCGAUGGCGAUUCCGAAAACUUUUCGAAUGCACACUCGCAACUAUAAAUUAAUAGAAAAUAUAACGUUGAUCGAAUUUGUCUCUCGCUUUUGAAUUCUACCGCGGUCGACCAGCGAGACGGAGAGCGAAGAGAAUGCGUGUACCGUUUGAGAAAGUGGACGGAGGUAACGUCGGGAAGGAAGAAAGAAAGAGAAUGAGAAAAUCCUAUCCGCGGUAGAUGAAUUUACUCGCGUCUUUUUCCCAGAUCAUGCAAUUUAAGAUUAUUCUGUAUUCGCAUACAUACACGGCGUAAUCUUGGAUCGUAUCGAUUAUUAUAAAGGUGAGCGCACUGAUUUGUAACACGUAACAAAGGAAACAAAUUUGUUCGAGAGGAAAAACUAGGAUGAAUGACUGUGUAUGAGAGAGUGAAAGAAAGGGGGUUGAAAGAGAGAAAGAGAAUGCAAGAACGCGUGAACGACAAGACGAUUUUUGUACCACCCCCUAAAUCAAUUCCUGCUCUUCACCGAGCACCAUCCGAUUAAAAUAAAAUUACACGAGUGUCUUUAUUCUUAAUCCCCCUCGACGAGACAGAAUUUCAACGGUACAGGAAUUAUCGAUGAACGAGAGCAUUCGCUUGAAACGAAGAUACCGCCUCGGUUUUUUUACAGCGUAGCUCGAAUAAAAAUGUUCGCAUUCAACUAAUCACUGUUCCACUUUAUUCUAUUUUAUCGGUCAUUCGACCUUUACGUUUUUAUUUACCUUUUUCAGUGACCAGUCUCGAAUAAAAGGUGCUUUCGACCUGACGCAUCGACGAUUUAUUCUUAUAUUUCUUUCUCUAUUAGUUUUCUUUAUUCCGGUACUUUCGCGAAUAAAUCGGUGAUCGGUUAAAGGAAUGCAGGGAACGGGAAAGGAAGGAAACUCUGACUAAACUUUCCUUCGCGAUAGAUUUAUAGGAUUUAUUUCCAACAAAUUGAAGUUUGUAUUCGAACGUUCUAGAUUUAACGUCUUUUCCAUGUAAUUCGACAUUAUUUAUUAUACGAUAUUAAGGUAGAAUCGACUGUAGUAUUCCGGUUAUCAUGGCGUUCAAACUCCUCUAAAGAACAUAGAUAAUAUCGUUAUCCGUUUAACAGAAGCGUGAUUUUGUCGCGCGGAUUCAUGCAUUACUAUUCUUUACACCCCGUUUCGUACGGUAGACUCUCGUUAUAUUGCCCGUUGAGAGACAUAGGAGUAGAAAUUUCUUAAAGUUGCUCUUGAAUUCUACCGUAAAAGAAAAAAGAGACGAGCGAAGAAGAUAAAGGGUGUGAUUGGUGUUACGAACAGGAAGUGGUAGGGGUGUCGGUUGUUUCGUAAAUGACUAUGUCAUACUGCGCAUAUAAGUUUUCGUAUAUUGCAUAAAACUACGUUUGUUACGUAUUUUCACUAUGCCGACACGUAUUCGUGUGCCUCACUACCCUCCUGCCACGUGUUAUCUUACGAUUUUACCUCAUCCUCGCUGCACCGCGGGUGAAACUCACCCCGUCACGAAAAUUUUCUGCGAGUCUCGAUAGAAAUUCGUUCGAACAAAGUGGAACGAUGCAGUCGCAUUAAACGCAAUUGUCAAGUAUUACCGAUUGAUCGAAGAUCAUGAAAGGAACGAGUGAAUGAACUCUUACGUACGUGUAUACGUUAUUAUACAUAUUAUUUAUUUGAAGAAAGAGAGCGAGAGAGAAUGGAAUUACUGUACGAAGAAAACAUUUGUAUCUUCUUUUCCCACCUAGUUGCUUACAUUUGUAUACGGCAAGAAUAUAUUAAAAGAUUACGUGAGUAGUUUUUUAAAACGA